AGCAUAGUUGAGAAAAUGUCCGAGAUACUUCGGUGCCCAUUAAACUCGAUUCCGGAAGCAAUCAUUAUUUUCACUGGACUUUUGUCCACAGCUUUCCUAGGGAGGCUUUUAAAAGCGCGUGAAUGGCUUGGAAUGUUAACCGUCAUCAUGGGUCUGAGUGUGGUGGGCGCUUCCGAUUUUAUCUUUGGCUCUGGUAGCAGCAACAACUCAAUCCACAGCAUUAUCACUGGUGAUCUGCUGAUUGUUAUGGCGCAAAUCGUUACAGCCAGCCAAAUGGUAUGGGAAGAGAAAUUUGUUACCAAACACAAUGUGCCAGCGUUGCAGGCCGUCGGUGGGAUUUUUGGCUUUGUAACCCUGUCCCUCUUGCUUAUUCUUAUGUAUUUCCUUCGUGUGGGACCUCCAUUUAUCUCUAAUCCUCGUAUGGUCCUUGAAGAUGCUUUGGAUGGUUUCAUCCAAAUGCGUAAUAACCCAAUGAUUAUUCUCGCCAUGUCAGGUACUGUGAUAAGUAUCGCAUUAUUUAAUUUCGCUGGUGUCAGCGUCACAAAGGAAUUGUCAGCGACCACUCGUAUGGUUCUGGAUUCGGUACGAACGCUUGUUAUUUGGAGCGUAAGUCUAUCUCUUCAAUGGCAACAAUUUUAUUCGCCUCAGGUAUGAAUCAUAUAUAAAUUAGUUUUAUUGAUUAAAUACUAAUCAAAACUUUGUAAAGAAAAAUCUAAUUAAUGUGACGCUUUUAUUACAGAUUAUUGGAUUUGCUUUGCUUGUGAUGGGCAUGGGCUUGUACAAUAACAUUAUCAACGCUUCGAUUUGCAAGUGCCGCCGCGGAUCGGACUCGGAGCCACUUUUAGGGGUUAAUGAAGACCAAUCCAUCAAUGAGGAAGAAGGAAGACGGAAGUGUUAUCCACUAGUCUCGCGAUAUUUUUUUCUCUUCGUCAAAGUUUCUCUAUAUGCUUUUCUCAAUUCAUAGCGGUAACUCCUCA